AGAAGCAGUUCCGACAGCUGAACGAUGUCAAGGACGAUGUAGAGGUCAAGGUUGUGCGUGAGGGUAAGACCAAGCAAGUGUCUGUGUAUGAAGUAGUGGUGGGGGACAUCCUGUAUCUGGCUCAGGGCGACAGCCUGUGCGCCGAUGGCGUGGUGGUGGAUUCGUCUGACCUGAAGAUCAAUGAGGCACAGCUGACUGGUAGGUGGCAG